CGAGGUGCAGAUGUCCUUGAAUUUGCUGGUAUCUGCUGAAGGUCAAAGAAGCGGAAUUCUUUGUUUGUCUUGGCAUUCUUCUGUUGGUGCAGUACUUUGUACUGCCGCAACGGAAUUAAGCGCCGUAAGUUAGAAAAAUCAUUAAUUUGUCUACAGCAUUAACGAAAAACCAAAAAAUCUACAAGGAAAAUGGGUGAAGUGGAUGAGAUGUUCAAACGGAUUAUGACGAUUAAGGGCGUGCAAGCAGCCGUGGCCAUGACUGCCGAUGGUAUCGUUAUUCGCAGCACGAUGGAACAGUCGAAUGCCGUACACUACGCCGCCAUGUACGCCCCGCUAGUGCAGGAGAGCCGAAUGGCCGUCAGCGAACUGGGCGGUAACAACGUCAAAACCAUUCGUCUGCGGACCGGCAAACACGAGGUCAUCAUUAUACCAGGAAAGCUUUAUCACUUCCUAGUAAUACAGCAGCCAGAUGCCUCGUUUGACGGCCCAUAGAUACAGCGUGACUUUUUUAUCAGCAGACUGAUAAUAGUUUUAUGCCGUGCGUAGACGUUGUUGUAACUUGUGACAGUAUUAACAAGAAAUAACGCAGUUUUGUGCCAUUUUAAGUGGAUCUAUGGUUUAUCUGCUUCGGCGUGCUUUUCACUGCUGAGCAGUGUGGUGUUCGGCUCCGUUUUGAUGUCAACAGCGGGUGCUCCCGCCAUGAAAUCCGCGCCACGGCUGUGAUUCAUGACAGCAUCCAGAAUUUGCUGUUUAUAAAAGAACAAAUUGAUCA